ACAAUUUUCCUUCUAAUCAUUUUCUCAUGAAAACCCCAUAACCAAGACAGUGACUUUCUCUUUAUCUAUCGCCUUUUACAGUAUAUAUAAUACUCCAAAACAACAAAAUCUUGAUUCCCUAGACCCUUCUAGAAUUGUCCUUUACCAAUAUCCUUUCUCUAUAUACAUCCCUCUCUCACUUGCAGAGUUUCAACAACAACAAGAAUUGUCGAUCAUUUCAGUAUUUCACUUUCACUCACUAAACCAAAUCAAUUUUUUCAGUUCAAAAAUGGCUUCGUCAGCAACCCACCAAGUGAAAAUCCCAUUUUCCGGGCAUAAGCUGGACAACAGAACCCCAUUUUCGGGAGGGAGAAUUAGUUUUGCAUCACGGAAGAAAUGUUACAGUGACAAGGCGGUGAGGCAAAGGUUCAGACCCAUGAAAGUAGUGAACGAGAAGGUGGUGGGGAUAGAUUUGGGGACGACGAAUUCAGCGGUGGCAGUAAUGGAAGGUGGGAAACCGACAAUAGUGACAAAUGCGGAGGGGCAAAGAACGACGCCGUCUGUAGUGGCAUAUACGAAGAAUGGAGAUAGAUUAGUUGGGCAGAUAGCCAAAAGGCAAUCGGUGGUGAAUCCGGAGAACACUUUCUUCUCAGUGAAGAGGUUUAUAGGGAGGAAAAUGGCGGAGGUUGAUGAAGAGUCGAAACAAGUAUCUUAUAGAGUGAUGAAGGAUGAGAAUGGGAACGUCAAACUUGAGUGUCCUGCUAUUGGUAAACAGUUUGCUCCUGAGGAAAUUUCUGCUCAGGUCUUGAGAAAGCUUGUUGAUGAUGCCUCGAAAUUCUUGAAUGAUAAAGUUGCUAAAGCAGUGGUUACAGUACCAGCAUACUUUAAUGACUCUCAGAGAACUGCUACAAAAGAUGCAGGUCGCAUUGCCGGAUUAGAUGUUCUCCGAAUAAUCAAUGAGCCCACUGCUGCUUCAUUGGCUUAUGGAUUUGAGAAGAAGAGUAAUGAAACCAUUCUAGUCUUUGACCUAGGAGGUGGUACUUUUGAUGUAUCAGUUCUUGAGGUUGGAGAUGGAGUAUUUGAGGUACUUUCUACCUCAGGGGACACACACUUGGGAGGUGAUGAUUUUGAUAAGAGAAUUGUGGACUGGCUUGCUGAUACUUUUAGGAAAGAAGAAGGAAUAGAGCUUCUUAAAGACAAACAAGCGCUUCAACGUCUUACUGAAGCUGCUGAGAAGGCAAAGAUAGAAUUGUCAACCUUGACUCAAACUAAUAUCAGUUUGCCAUUCAUCACUGCUACUGCAGAUGGUCCGAAACAUAUUGACACAACAUUUACAAGGGCCAAGUUUGAGGAGUUAUGCUCAGACUUAUUGGACAGGCUUAAGACACCAGUUGAAACUGCCUUGAAGGAUGCCAGCCUUUCCUUCAAAGAUAUUGAUGAAGUAGUUCUUGUUGGUGGAUCAACACGAAUACCGGCUGUUCAAAACCUUGUCCGCAAGAUGACUGGUAAAGAGCCUAAUGUUUCUGUCAAUCCUGAUGAAGUGGUUGCUCUUGGAGCUUCAGUUCAGGCUGGUAUCUUGGCUGGAGAUGUUAGUGACAUCGUGUUAUUAGAUGUAACUCCACUGUCACUUGGUCUGGAAACUCUGGGUGGAGUCAUGACCAAAAUUAUCCCAAGAAAUACAACACUACCAACUUCAAAAUCAGAAGUUUUUUCAACUGCAGCAGAUGGGCAAACUAGUGUUGAGAUUAAUGUGCUGCAAGGUGAAAGAGAGUUUGUAAAAGAUAACAAGUCUAUUGGAAGGUUCCGCCUGGAUGGAAUCCCUCCAGCUCCCAGGGGUGUUCCCCAGAUUGAAGUGAAGUUCGACAUUGACACCAACGGUAUUCUUUCUGUCACGGCUACUGAUAAGGGUACAGGAAAGAAGCAGGACAUUACUAUAACUGGUGCUAGCACUUUGCCCAAAGAUGAGGUUGAUAGAAUGGUUCAAGAAGCUGAGAAGUUUGCUAGAGAGGACAAGGAGAAGAGAGAAGCCAUAGACGCGAAGAAUCAAGCAGAAUCUGUCGUAUACCAAACCGAGAAGCAGCUUAAAGAGUUGGGAGAUAAGGUGCCUGCUGACGUAAAAAACAAAGUGGAAUCCAAACUGAAAGAGCUCAAGGAUGCCAUUUCCGGUGAUUCUACUCAAACCAUUAAGGUCGCGAUGGCUGCAUUGAACCAAGAAGUAAUGCAGCUGGGACAGUCUCUGUACAGCCAGCCAGGUCCUGCCGGUUCUGGUCCUUCUCCUGGUGCUGGUACAACUGGAUCAUCUGGUUCCACCGGUAAAGAUGAUGGAGAUGGAGAAGUUAUCGAUGCAGACUUCAGCGAAAGCAAUUAAGAAUCCAUCGAUGUAUCAAAUUUCUUUUAGCAAAACAACACCCAUGGUAAAUAUUUCGUGUAAAUUUGGGAGGAUUGUAUGUGUGGCUAGUUUACUGCAAGUGUAACGAAGUUGAAGAAUAGCUUUUUCAAACCAAUCUUGUCUACAGAAGUACAGUUAUGCUCUAAAAUCUCUGAGUAAUUGCGAAAUCAAUUGCUCUGUAACUAAACUUAUUUCAAUAAUUGAAGCAAGAUUUUCCAUUA